CUUUCAGGAGGCUGUGGAUUACCUGGAGGCUCGACACGUGCCUAUUGUAGUGGAGGCUUUGGAAGAGGAUGACUGAAAAAGAAGAAGAGAUGUACUUUAAUAGCAACAAUUAAUAUUAAUUUUAAAAUGUAUGAUGCAGUUCUCCAAAGUUGCACUAGAUGGCACUAUGACAUUGCCAAACAAAUUGCAGCAUCUUUUCUCAGCAAGUUAAUUUUUUUUUGUAUGUAAUUUUUGAUGUUGAUUUUCAAACCAUAUAACAUGUGCAAGUAAUAUAAGUCUGUAUUGGCAUUUGACUAAUUUCACGCUAGAUGUCACUAUAGUUUUACACACAUAUUGCAUUGUUUCCUUUAAUGCAGUUUUUUGUCGGCAGUCAGUCAUGUUUACCCAUCAAUCAUGUGUAAUUAUUAUUUAAUUGCUUCUUCAAGGAAAUUUUCAAACCAUAUAUCCCUAAAAACGGAACUAAAAACUGUAUGUCAGACUGUAGUCUUAGCGUACAUUUAGUUGACAGGAAGUUCGAGUUGGUUGUGCUCUUUAUGUUAAGUAACAAAGGGGAAGUUUUUAAACGAGCUCAGUUUACUUCAGUGGAUAAAAUGGACGUCUUUCAGGAGGCUGUGGAUUACCUGGAGGCUCGACACGUGCCUAUUGUAGUGGAGGCUUUGGAAGAGGAUGACUGAAAAAGAAGAAGAGAUGUACUUUAAUAGCAACAAUUAAUAUUAAUUUUAAAAUGUAUGAUGCAGUUCUCCAAAGUUGCACUAGAUGGCACUAUGACAUUGCCAAACAAAUUGCAGCAUCUUUUCUCAGCAAGUUAAUUUUUUUUUGUAUGUAAUUUUUGAUGUUGAUUUUCAAACCAUAUAACAUGUGCAAGUAAUAUAAGUCUGUAUUGGCAUUUGACUAAUUUCACGCUAGAUGUCACUAUAGUUUUACACACAUAUUGCAUUGUUUCCUUUAAUGCAGUUUUUUGUCGGCAGUCAGUCAUGUUUACCCAUCAAUCAUGUGUAAUUAUUAUUUAAUUGCUUCUUCAAGGAAAUUUUCAAACCAUAUAUCCCUAAAAACGGAACUAAAAACUGUAUGUCAGACUGUAGUCUUAGCGUACAUUUAGUUGACAGGAAGUUCGAGUUGGUUGUGCUCUUUAUGUUAAGUAACAAAGGGGAAGUUUUUAAACGAGCUCAGUUUACUUCAGUGGAUAAAAUGGACGUCUUUCAGGAGGCUGUGGAUUACCUGGAGGCUCGACACGUGCCUAUUGUAGUGGAGGCUUUGGAAGAGGAUGUUUUCCAUGAAGAAGCUGCUCCCAUGCACUCUCCUCUUCUCCCUAAUAUGAACAUUCCAGACACACCAACAUUGUGCAGUGAAAAGGAAAUGUUGGAGAGAAGGCUGGUGGUCCUCAAAGGCAUCUUGGAGAGUGAGGAGGUCUAUCUAAAUGAACUGGAGACCCUGCUAACGCCCAUGAAGGCUCUUCGAGCCUCAGCUGGGACGUCCCAGCCGGUCCUUUCCGCUCAGCAGGUAGAGAACGUGUUCUACCAGGUCCCAGAGCUCAAACAACUUCAUCAUGAUUUCUACUGCGGGCUCAAGACGCGACUCACAGCUCACUCUGAACUUGAACAAGAACAAGAACCAGCUUCAGACAGAAAGUACAGCUCUGACGCAGAAAGAGAAACCAAACACAAAGGCUUUGAGCUGACUGUCGGUGACCUCUUUCUCAAGCUGGUUAAUCAGAUUGGUGUAUAUGGAGGUUACAUCGAAAACUAUGUAGAUGCCGUUAAUGUGGUCCAAAAGUGCACACAAGCCGACCCUCGCUUCCGAACUCUGGCUGAGAGCAUGAUGUCAAAUAACAAUGGCUCUCCCAAAUCUCGCACUAAAUAUACUUUUGAAGCUCUGUUGUACAAACCUUUGGACAGAGUCACCAAGACCACUCUUGUGUUGCGUGAUCUUUUAAAAACCACACCUGAGGAGCACCGAGACUACACCUCACUGCAAGAAGCCCUCAGACUGUCUCGCAGCUUCCUGUCAGGGGUCAAUGAGAGUUCACAGGGCAGACGAGGUGUAACGCUCACUCAUGAAAAGAGUCGGCAGCUUAUUCGCGAUGCAUUUGUCGUGGAUGAGAGCGAUGGAGACCGCUGUCUGCGUCACCUUUUUCUGUACACUGACCUCCUGCUGUGCACCAGAGUCAAACCAGCAACCAGAGGAAAGCAGGAGCAAUACAGAUUUGGUUGGUAUCUUCCCCUGGUUGGCCUCAAGGUGCGCUGCUUCUUGCGUGAGCGGACCCCAGAGGCACAACUUCGCUUACACACCAUCCGAAAAAAAAUGUACCAACAACAUAGUCAGCUACAGCGUCAAACUAAGGGAUCGAGGGCACGCAGCUGGAAGAAACCGGAGCAAAUUGAGUCGCUGUUAUUCACACUUGCACCUGUGUACAGACUUGAACUACAUAGUCCCAACGGAAAGAGCCACACUUUGGUGUCUUCAUUGUAUGAGCUUGAAGAAUGGAGGGAGGCCAUUUGCAAACUCACCAAAGAAAACAUAGAGACUGUCCCUCCAGACCUGCUCACUCUCACCAGCGCCUGUGUGAAACUGAGGAUGACCCAGCACCCGCCGCUCCACAGCACCAGUGAAACAAUGGAAGGGCUAUGUGGAACAUUGGCUGUGGUGGUCCAUUCUGCCAGCGGUCUGCAACAACCAGCUUGUGUGUCUGUUUGCGUUGAGAUGGAUGGAUUAGAUUUUUAUGAAAAACAAGCUCAGACGCACUCAGUCCACGCCUUGAAUCCACAGUGGGAACAGGAGCUGUACUUCCAGGUGGAUGGGGCGAGACACAUGAGGGUGAUGUGUGUUGGACAGUUGGAGGGGCAGGACAUGGCUGUGCUUGGGAGGACCUCUAUCACGUUGGACCCUAAAAGUCUCAGUCAUCGAUGGAGAAAACAGUCUCUAAAUCUUGGUGAAGUUGACGUGAUCAUCUCCCUGAAAUACACAAGUCACCCGGCGGCCCCCCCCAGCCCCUCCCCACAGCAGCAGCAGCCUGUGUUUGGUGUUCCCAUAGAAAAGGUCGCCCAACAGGAGGGUGUGCUGGUUCCGCAUGUCGUCCGAUGCUGCAUUGAGGAAGUAGAAAGACGAGGAAUGGAUGAAGUUGGGAUCUAUAGGAUUUCAGGAACCACCAGUGACAUCAGUACACUCAAGACUGCGUUUGAUAGCAAUUUAUGUGAGGCCGUGACGCGACUGAGAGGUGCAGAAGUGAAUGCAGUGUGUGGAGUACUCAAGCUCUACUUCAGAGAGUUACCAGAGCCUCUUAUCCCGGCCGAGCUGUUCCAGAGUUUGGCCCAAGCACUUGACUUAACUGACAUAGACGCACGCUCCUCCUCACUGCUGUCUGUGAUGGAGUCCUGUCCUGAAACCAACCGCAACACGCUUCUCUUCCUCCUGCAUCACCUCCGACGAGUUUCUGAAAGACAAGACAUCAACAAAAUGACUCUGUUAAACUUGGCAACAGUGUUUGGGCCAAGCCUCUUACGCCCCCCAGUGGCAGUUGGGGAAAGUAAUGGUACUGGAAUGGACAUCUCUCAGGAGGUGGUUGUACAGGUCCAGGUGGUAUUCUGCUACCUGCAGUGCAACGCUCUGCCUGAGCCCCGCAUUUCUCUGCCACACGACACAGAUGCUGAAGAUGAGACCACCCACCUUUGAGACCACCAACAGUGUCAUGGAUGGAAAAUGUCCAGGCAUGUGUAAGAUAACUAAACUAUGAACUACAAAAGUAUAGAUUUAUUUACAAAUGUUAAUGUUCAGAUGUUAUUGCUGUUAAAACCAAUAUAAAAGGCAGUGCACUUCUUUUUGUAGAAAGAUUAGCGGAGUACAGUAAUUUGAUAAAAUGAUGAAACGCGAUUGAAGAUGUCAGAGCUGCAGAUGUCGCAAAAAAAAAAAGUCAAAGGUCGACUCCCAUAGCUUGAAAUCCAAUCAGUUCUGGUUCAGAUCCAACUAGCCAGAGAUCAACACAAAAUGUACGGGCCAUAAAGCCAUACGCCAUGUUGAAAACCAAAACACACACACACCACCUGGGCACGUUGGGUUUGGGUUACCUCUGACUUUUGACCCCCAAAACUCCCCUCUACUUUUUGAUCACUAAUCCAACAUCUAGGGCUGGCACUAAUAUAACUCCAAUAGAAAAAGGUGCUGUGUAGAUGCCAUAACACAAAGGACAAGUGUUAAAUAGGGUUAGGUCUCCCUGACCGUAAAUCACAAGGGUUCAAAUGUGUGCCUGUCAAAAUGAGGUCGCUCUUAGUAACUACAAAGAAAAGGCAAGGUAUUUCCAUUGCAGACAUGCGUGGCCCAAGACUGAACUGAACUAGGAGACUGGUGGCACCUGUUGCUAGUGGGAAUUAGCUUAUGUGUGCAUAUUGUUUUCUAACUUUAAAGUAAAUGUAUAAACUGUAUGAAAAAAGAAGAUGAGUUCUCUUUAAGUUAUUCUAGCUGUAUGCCAAAGCUUUUCAAAAUUAGGCUGCAGAUCCGCACUAAUAUUGCAAGAAAAAAUGAAUUAAAAAAAUACUGAUAGACUGACAGAUAGACUAGCCACAAAGUCAGCUGUCAUGGACCUCUUAUUGGUGUGAUAAUUCUCCCCAAAUAUUUCACAUUCAGACAUGAAUAAUUAUCCUUGUAAUUUUGCAUAAUACUAAUAACUGUAGACUUUAUACUUUGUACUGUUUUAAAGUAGUGUAAUUAAACAAAAGCUGAAUUUUC